UCUCAUCAGUGAAGACCGCAGAGAGGCUUUUCCGGGCAUUUUGUGUUGUACAGUAUGUUCGCCUGUUCGUCCCGGUGAUGGACAGGAGGGACCGCUGAUCGCCGCCGCUGCUGCUGCUGCUGUGAUGAAGAGGAUGGUGCUGUCCUGUAGCGGAUCACCUCCGAGGCUGGACUGCUGAAGACUUCCCCCUUUUUUCUUCUCUCCGCGUCUUAAGAAACCGCUAAAAGGUAUAAAGCACCGACGGACGAGACACUUCUGCCUGAUGGGACAAUGUUUCUGACUGGCUCCAUGAGUCUCCACUGUGAAGACUAGAUCAACAUAUUCAGACUCUUACAGUUUAUAAGCAGUCAAGAUGGGGCGGUCGCUCUGCCUUUCCCGCCGUGCUACUGAAGCAGUGUUCAGAAGACGCAGCUUCAUCACAGUUCUACCUCUGGCUCUGUUACUGCCAACAGUGAGAGUCAGCGGGCAGUUACUGGGAAGCUCCCUGGACUGCCACAAGACUUGUGUGUGCGCCAGCAACAUCAUCAGCUGCUCCAGGAUGAAUCUAACCAACGUUCCCACAGAGCUUCAACCAUAUACAGCUGUGCUGGACCUCAGCUUCAACUCCAUCAGCAGGCUACGAGCUGAGUGGACCCCUGUCAAACUAAGCAGGCUACACAGUCUGCUGCUCAGCCACAAUGGCCUCACUUUCCUCUCCUCUGAGGCAUUUGUUCAUGUGAUAAAGCUUCGUUACCUGGACCUGUCCUCCAACGGCCUCCGCCAGCUGGACGAGUACAUCUUUGAGCCACUGGAGGACCUGGAGGUGCUGCUGCUUUAUAACAACCGCAUCUCCCAGAUAGAUCGUUCCGCCUUCUCUGGCCUCAGCAACCUGCAGAGGCUCUACUUGAGCCAGAACCAGAUCUCACGCUUUCCCUUGGAGCUGGUGAAGGAGCGAAGUCGGAUUGAAUCUCUUAGACUGCUGGAUGCCUCCUCCAACCGAAUCAAAACUCUGCCCCUCAAUGAGCUUCAAGCUCUGCCUGCCUGGAUAAAAAAUGGCCUGUACCUCCAUAAAAACCCUCUGCCCUGCAGCUGUGAGCUGUACGACAUGUUGGCACGCUGGAACCUGAAGGACCUCAGCUCUGUCACUGACUUCAGGGACAACCACACCUGUGUGUUGCCAGGCAAGAAAGAAAAAGUGGCCACACUGGAUCUGAACAAGAUCUAUUUGAACUGCAGCGAGGUCAGAAUCAUGGAUAAAGAAGCCUUUCUGGAGCAAUUCCUGGUCCUGGACUGUGACACAAGGCAGAAGGAUAUUAUGAAGAGCUGGGCGCUGCCAGGAAACAUCCCUGUGUCUCAGGCUAACAAGACUGCUGUGAUGCUCAAAGAUGGCAACCUCCAGAUUGGGCCCCUGCAAGCAGAAGACUCGGGGGUCUACACCUGCUACGCCACCAGCAACUCCUUCAAUGAGACCCUGUAUGUCACUGUAUUGGUGUUUAACUCCACCAUGAGUGGCGGGCUGGAGAACCUGAAGACGGCCUACACCACCCUCGUAGCAUGUCUGGUCAGUAUAGUUAUGGUUCUUAUCUACCUCUAUCUUACACCCUGCCGCUGCGCUUGUUGUCCAGGACAAGGUCUGGAGAAAAACGACCCCACAGACAGCCUUCACUCUUCAACUGUAAGCAUCUCUCAAGCACAAGAGGAGAUGGGGCAAGAAAGGGGGGAAGGCGCAGGCAAGGACUUCUCUUACAGACAUGUGGGCUUCCCAGAAGCCAAGGACCAGCUGGAGCAGAACGGGAGGCUGAACCCAAUAGGUGAGGAAGACGAGGAGUGGCAGGAGGACAACAGAGAGAGAAGGAGGUCUGACGCAGAGUCUGUCAGCUCUGUGUGCUCUGAUACCCCCAUGGUGGUGUAAAAGACAGUGGCGGAGCCUGCGUGGGUAAGGUAGUGAUGGCUCACUUUGUAUGCUUUGAAUGUGUGCAAGAUUCAAAAGUUAGCAUCUUCCAAAAGCUUUAGCCAGCUGUCACAGCUGGAGGCACUGAUGUAGCUGCAUGUGCUAUUUAUAAGAAAUAAAUUACCAGUGCAAUAUCUUGAUGACAGCAGUUUUAAAAAUACACCCAAAACAUUCUGUUAAUGCCCCAAAAUGUGGUUAAAACAGUUGCCUACAAUAUUUAAAUGUAUUUAUCUCUUAUAGGAUUGAAAUUGUAAUUUUUUGUUUGUUUGUUUGUUUGUUUAUUACUUAACCACACAGAAAGUGGCAUUUGUAAGACACAAAAAAAUUACUUUUUGUUCUCAGUGGACAUUGCAAAUUGCCCUUCAAAAAUGCAGUUCAUGCCAUAAUUACUGUAAUGUCACUUUUACUGCAAAUUAUUGACUGGACCUAAAAGAAAAUGCAAAAAAAAAAAUGUUUUAGAAAAUUUUAAACAAUACUAUCUUUCAGCAGAGACGGCAAACAGCAUGAAACAAUUUCUGAUGUUAUUCCCUCUGAAUAUCCCAUGCUGCACUUUUUCUUCUAUGCACUACAAAGAUGAAGAGUUAUGAAGAUGUUAGACUGAAGCGGCCGCUUGAAAGAGAAGCUCAUUUUUAUGCAGAGCUCAGUUAUUACUGCAAAGUGUUCAGUCUUUAUGCUAUAUUUUACAUUCCUGAUUUGUUUUACAGGACAUCCUACUCCUCCUGAGGAUUACUCUUAUGCAAUUUUAUCAAUUUAUAUUAUUUGAGAUUUGAGUGUGAUUUAAUGCUCAAGAGAUAAUGUGCGGCGGUAACUGAACUUCUGUUGAAGUGUUUUUAAAUACUGCUUUGACUCAUUUUUUUAAUUUAAUGUUGUAUGCAGGUUUAUUUUAAAGUCAUUUUGGAUUUUUCAUAAUUACAAUCAUUAACACAGUUUGUUUUGUGAUAUAAUGUUGCUACUUCUGCCGCAAUUCAAUUUAUAUUGAUCCGAAUUUAUAUUAAUUUAGAUGAGUUUUUUUUCUCCAUAACAAGAAAAAGAAAAAGUUUCCAGAUAAACCAGACGAUGUGGCAGUUAUUCAUAUUGCUCACAUACACACUGUAGGUAUUACUGAAACUGAAUUCUAGUUAUUAACAUCAAUAUAAACAUAACUACUGACUAUUAGCACAAAUGUAUGUGAAAUAUUGAUUAAGAUAUGACUGUAAUUUAACCCAUCAUUUAACAAUUUUCCAAACGAUACUGCAAGAAACCACAUGGAUGAGGUUCAACGUAGAAUAAUUGACUCCAAUAUCACAGUUUCUGGUUCAGAAAAAUAAACACUAACAAGCUAAAACUCAUUUAAUAAUAAAAAAAAAUACAUUCCACAACAAGUAAACAAAGUCACCCAGCUGCCCACAGUCGGUGCAGCUGCUGCAGGUUUUGUCUCCUGAGUACAGAAUUCAGCCUCAGUUCUCUAGCUUGAAAUGUUCUGGUUUAUAAUGUAAAAAAAAAAAAAAAAACAUAUAUUAUAAUGCCAAUUGAAUGAAUUCCUCUUUAGAGUAAAUUUUUCAUGACAGUGAGUUCAAAUUCCAAUAAUAAAUCUAUUGUUAUGAUGCAGUUAAAUUUAUAUGUCCAGUAGACUGGCGACAUAAAUGUGCAUCCUGCCAUAUUGAGAAGUUAAUAGCAGCCAGGAAGCAUCUCCCAGAGGAAACAACUGAGAGCGAGUACCAUCUACUGAAUGCUUCUGGACAUUAGUGCCCAACCCUGAGCAAAUCAACAAAUGCCAGCCAGCCAGCCAGCCAGCAGUCUCAUAAACACGGUCAGAAAUAGCAGUUUGGAGUUCAGCCAACAUGCAGGCCCCUCUGGCUGCCUGAUACAGCUGAAAUGUAAAUAUAAGAGUAGCAGUUUUCAGCAGUUUCAGUAGCAGAUGUCCUAAUAUUAGUUUCAUUGCUAAAAUACCUUGAUUUUUCAUUUCAUUUUAGGUUCUCAUAUUUCAAUUUGAAUAUCAUAUGGUGUCACAACAAAAGUCACGUACAAAUAAUGUCACGAUCUUAAAUUCACUCUGGCUUUGAUCAAAGAGCACAGUUUCUAGUAAUAUUACCACUGCUAAUGUAGAAUAAUUAGUAGUAGUAAUCAAAUAAUAACUAAUAAUAAUAGAAAUAGAAUUAGCUUUAGCUUACAAAUUGCUGUUAAAUUCAGGCUGCUCAUUACAGUCCAUACACACGUCACACAGUCACACCAAUCCCAGAUGAUAGAUGUAGCCAUGUACAGUUCUUUUUUUUUUUUUUUUAAGAACAAUUAAUACCACCUUUCACUUCUCAUGGUGCUUUUUCAAAAGAAUUUUGAUAAAUAAACACCUUAAUUAAAUGUCUCUACAUGAAUUUAAGCACUGAGAUUUGUCCAGAUGUUGUGAGCAUGGUCUAAUAGUAUUAUAAUGUAGCAUCUUCAUUAUGUUAUAUCUCUCAAAGGGGCACAUAUCCACUGUAUGCUAAUGUCUCUUUUUUUCCUCUGGAAUUAACCUAUAACCAAAGACUGAGUUACAUGCCGAGAGCUAAUAGUCUACAUGUUCAGUGUUUACAGUCAUAUUGUCAGAAGUAUGUUGAGGUUACCUUCUGUAUUUCUAUUUCAAUAUAUGCAAUCCUGUAUAAGGACUUACUGUAUUUUAUUAUUUGCUGUAUUAUCUUGUGUCUUUUAUUGUUUUGUUCCUGUACUUCUAUUACAUAAACUACAAAAAUAUGGCAACACAAAGUAUCCACAACAUCCUGUGAGGUGA